AUGCAAGUCCCGGACCAGGAACAAUGCUCCCGGGAGCUGGAUUUGGAGGAAAUAACCAGGAAAAUUUCAUUUCUUGACAAAUGGCGGCAAAUCUUUAGUUGUCCCAGGUUGGGAACCAAUAAUACAACUCUUCAGAAUCAUGGAGGCAACCAUACAUCUGCUGAUGAAACUGAAGAUAGAACAGGAAUACCUCAGCCCAAAGGACAAGGACAUUUGCCACCAAGUAGCCUUUGUUCUAUCCCCAAGCCCUCUAUCAUCUCUUCAAAAUCCGGCGGCUUUCCUAUCUCCCUGGCAAUGGCCACGAAGUUACGGCAGAGCCUCUUUGGAAAUGCCGUCCAUGUCUUCAGCUAUGACUGGAAAAAGAUCAGGUUCCAUGAUCCUUUUUCUGACCUGGCCUUUGCUUUGGAAGUAGAAAAGGGAGGUGCCCGAAGCAUUCAGAUGGCUGUACAAGGAUCCAUCAUCAAAUACUUGUUGUUUACAAGGAAGGGAAAAGACUGUAACUUUCACAGUUUAUGUGCAAUAAGCAAACGGGAGCAGGAGCAGGGCCUGGCUGCGGCACUGGCUGGCAUCCUGUGGGCGGCAGGCGCAACUGAGAAGGCCACUGUCUGUCUCAUCGCUGAGGACACUUACGUCACCUCAACUCCUGACUACUCGGGAGAUGAUUUCACUGAGCGGCUCCAGCUGUUUGAACUUUUAGAGAAAGAAGCCACUGAGAGAUUCAUCUAUGAUCAUUUACAAUGUUUCAAAGGGGAAGGAAGCCACAGUGUCAUCUUGUUUCUUUACAGCCUCAUCUUCUCCAGAACAUUUGAAAGGCUUCAGAAGGACCUAGAUGCCUCCACAGCUCAUCUGUUACAACCAAGUGCUGGGGGCUUCCUGUGCAGGCAGGCUGUUUUGAACAUGAUUCUAACCGGAAGAGCAAGUCCAAAUGUCUUUAAUGGCUAUCAGAAGGGAAAGUCGCAAGAAAUAUUACAUGGAGUCCUGACCCGCAGUGACGUUGGGUAUUUGCAGUGGUAUAAGGAUGCCUCAGAGGAUGACAGGCUUUCGCAGGUGGGCAGCAUGCUGAAGACCCCCAAAUUACCUAUUUGGCUGUGCAACAUCAAUGGAAAACCCAGCGUCCUUUUUAGCACAAACAGGCAGCUCUCAUCAGACUGGAAAGCGGAGCGUCGCUUUGCUCUGUAUCUGUACAGUGGCCGCCCCCCCAGAACACGCCUGAAGACAUUGACAAUAUAUACUCACUCCCAUCACUGGGAAAGGAACCAACAUGAAGAUGAACAUGUACCAAGAAGACGGUUUUCUCCAGUAGAGAUGGCAAUCAGGACCAAGUGGAGAGAAGCCACCAUCAACUGGAAUGGAACCGUUCCCUUUCUCUAA